AUGGCCUCUUUGAUACACCUCAAUUUAGUUAUGGCAGAGUUUGGAGAUUUCUCGGCAGCCACAGAAGAGUACUUAAAGUCUCUGCAACGUAUUCUCGAGGAUGAUGAUGACGAUAGCGGUCUAAGUGCAGAACAUCUCCUCUGGACGCUGCUAUCCACAUCCACAUCUGGAGGUCAUUAUGACAGAGUAUGGAAGAUGUCCAGACUUGUGGGCGUGAUCAAACGAACCAGCUCUCAGACGUGGUCCAUCGUCGAGAAUGCUCUGCGCACAUUCUUGCGUUUGCCUGAGAGCGCCGAGAAACUCGAAUCGGUCCUGCGAGAAUGGGACCACAAACGCCCGCUCGAAGCCAUGUCACUCACGGAGACACUCGACCCGCCGAGCGGGUUGCCGACGCGACCGAGUCGAGCUGCCGGAGUAAACAUGACGUUGUGCUCGAUUCAUUGUCAGAUAUGUCCGCUAAAGCCAGCGACAUAUUGA